GUCAAGAAGUAGAAGUUGUGUUGAUGUUUGUUCUUCUUGCGCACAAAAAUCCUCGUUGUGGAAUGUAGCCUUACCCUCUUGUUCCAGCUUCACUUUGUUGCUUUAUCAUGACCGGCGUCGCUUCCUCCUCCUCGUCGAGCAGCACUGCUCCGGCUGCGAAUACCGAUAAAGGGUCAUCUGGUGCACCAACUACAGCCUCUUCUCCAAAUCGAAGAGUGAUCGGAAGCAUCGAGUUUGUACCCACGACCCGCGAGGAGCAGAGGCGAAGACUGAGAAGUUCUUUUGGGGGCAAUAAUUCUACUUCAAGAGAAUUAGCGCAAUUGAACGAAGACCAGCACGAGAUCCGUCUCGUCGGAGCUGAUGAAAACAAGAAAGACACCGAGGACGAAAAUACAGACCCAGCCACUUGCUCUUCCUUGCUGGUUCUCACUUUGGCAGACGGGAAAGGGAAGCUGGUGUUUGCCCAGGAGGAUGUCUACGGAGCGGCGGCGGUUGUCGAUCCGGCGAAUAAACAGAAUUUCUUAGUCUUCCUCCACCACUAUCCUUUGCUCCGCCAGCCCCAUUUUCUCGACAGCGAAAGCUGCUGCUGCCUGCCCUGCGUGCCGAAGGAAAGCGACGUGGGGGUCCCGAAACCCUUCUUUCCGCAGCAAGUCCACCGGGGGCUUCAGCAGCAACAAGCCGCUGGUGCCCCGGGUACAACCAAAGAUCAACAGCAGCUUCUCUUCGCCGUCGAGCCACCCGCGGAUCCGAAAGAGGUAGUGGAUAGGAUCAACACGUGGGCGCUACUUUCUUGUUCGGGGUCUAUUUCUCUAUCAACUGGGGUCGACACAGCUGCACCAAGAAGCAAAACGUCGACGAGAAAGAUUUUGUUUUUUUUGAAUCCAAAAUCCGGUUCCGGGAAAAGUUUGAAGCUGUGGGAGCGGAAGCUCAAACCCUUGCUGGAGCAGAAGUUUCAGCUUGAUGUUGAUUUUGUGCCGACCCAGUACGCGGGACACGCAAGGGAAUUUGUGGUAUCGAUGUGGGAGAUUGUGCACUUCCUACCAGCAUCCCGAGCAUCACAUUGUUGUGAAGUUGACUUUAUUUCAACAUUGAGGCAUGUCCUGUCUGAUUGCGGUGCUGCUUGUCGUGGCUUUAUUGCUGGGACGUGUGCACAUUGAUAAUAAAGCUCAUGCUGGUACUAGAAGUGAUUUUUCCCACGGAUACGUAGGUCAGAAAUUUGGCGCCGUCGCGUCAAGAAACGACCCCACAAGUCGAGAUAAACAUGCUUCCUACGACGCGAUCGCUGUUCUGUCCGGUGACGGAUUGGUGCACGAAAUCUACCAGGGCUUGUACGAUUGUCAGUUGCAAAAUGACCGUGAUGCCAAUGACUCCUCGUAUGGUCGAGAAAAUGAAAAGCUGAUACACAACAGUCCCCUCGCCACCCCGAUCGCGCACAUUCCGGCGGGGAGCGGGAAUGCCCUGGUCUCCACGCUGCUGGCCCUAUCCAAGGAACCACUGUCGGUCGAAUCCGCGGCUUUGGCACUUGUGAAAAACAGGAAAAGAGAUUUAGACUUGUGGAAACUUUCCAUGUUUGACAAAAGUAAGAGCUCCCCCGCAAGCAGGACUACAUCUACAACACCACCCCCCCGGCCGUUCUUCCUUCACUUGACGAUCGGCAUUCUGGCAGACUUGGAUCUGGAGAGCGAGUGGCUCCGGUGCAUCGGUUCGCUCCGGUUUACUCUGUACGCGGUCAGAAAUUUGAUCAAAUACCGGGUCUACACGGCGGAAGUGGAAUAUCAGGGGGAUGAGGUAUGAUUUUGUUCGCAUACGCUUCUGAGGUGGUUCUUGGGGGCCAAGCAUCACCUUCACCAGGAGUGGCUGCUCCUCCACUCAUUCUUGAUGUAUUGUGUAUACAGCACACGAAAAAUCCAUAUCGCAAUCUAUAGGUCUUCAAAGAGAACGUAGCUCCCUGUACCGCCGCGGAGAAACGAUUCCAGGGCGUGUUGGAGAGGACAAAGAUCGUUUGGCUUCCAACAAAUGCAUCGACACAACCACCGACCGCCUCGCCAAACGUUUUACCUCCCUGGAAGAAAAUCUCGCAAACCCAUUUCACCAUGCUGUGGGCGACGUCACUUCCGUUGUGCAGCGAGAUAGAGGCGCCCUGUCCGGCCGCGAAAUGCGACGACGGGUUUCUGUGGCUGUUGUUCUGCAGUGGGGACAUUGGCCGAGUGAAGCUGGCGCAAGUGCUGCUCUCGCUGGAACAGGGGACGAUUCUGGAGCUGCUACCCUCGAGAAAUGAAGUUACGGAAAGUAAGCCAGCAACGUUCCGCUUGUUUCGUUGUUCGGGCUUGCGCGUGAACUGCAACACUGGACUCAACGGGAAAAACGCUUGCACCUCUCUGUGUUGUGGACACAAUUUGCGGAAAAUUACUUGUCUCGAUGUGGACGGUGAGAAGGUGGAGUUGGCGCCGAGAACAUCUUCCCCGACCGCAAGCGCGAAAGCUACUAGUCCGACAGGAGGAGCCGAUAAUUACGCGAUAACCAAUGCAGUAGAGCAGGCUCCCACAACUGCGCCGCAAAGCAGUCGCACGGAGACGGGGAGGGAGAUUGGAGAGGAACCGCAACUUCGUCAGGCUGCAAUAAGAAUAGACUUUGCCAGUAACGCUAGCGCAGUCAAUGAGGCAAAUCAGGAUGUAGAUCCGCACGACUCAGGAGCGAACAGUCCUUUUUUGAAAAGCGACGAAAGCCAGCAAACGGGAGCACCAAAUCCUAGUACCGGUGGCCAGGUUCUACUUGAAUGUACCAGACUCGAACAAAAGGGCCAAGUGUUUUGCAAGUAAGAAACUGGUAGCACGGCAUAACCGGCCAAAGACAUAGUAACGAGACGUUCAAAUGAACACUCGAG